CACUAAUUCCUUUGCUUUUCAGAGAUUUGGAAUGAUGAUAAUUUUAUGUUCUUGCUGGUAUAAAGCCUAAUGGAAAUUGAGCUUAACACAGUGAAAUUGGAGGAGGAGCAAUGCUCUUCCCCUGAUCAGAUCACCAUAGAACUGAACAGUUUUGAGACUGGCCAGCAGGAUCAAAACACAUUACAUGUCAAAGUUGAUUAUGAUGAUGAGGGUGAUGGUAGUGAAGAAGAUGAUGAAGAUGAUGAAGAAAUGGAUGACACUGUGCAUAGCUUCACUGGACUGUGGGAGGGUCCUGAUAGAUACACAAAAAAUUCAAGUGUUUGUGUUGUGAGAAAACCUCUCUGCACUAGGCUUGAGAGCAGUCAUGUUGUGCGCACAAAGCGCCUCACCACAGAAGACUCACGCUGGGCAAAAAGACGGGCACGAGAGGCCAGGCCGCCUCUAAGGAUGCUGCGGGAGGUUGUGUCCGAUGCGCCUGGUGAAAACAAACUCAAGAGACCUGGACCCUUCCAGGCUGCCUCUAAAGUGGCCUCUGGAUCCAACUUACAAACAGGGCAACAUUGGCUAAAGAGAGCUAAACCAUUGAAUGCCAAUCUCAGUGAUGACUUGAAUGUUGAUAUGUUCCCAGAUAAGGGGUCUGUGGCAUGCAGCUUCUGCGGGGCGCAGCUUAGCACGAUCCUAGAGUGUAACCUUCACAUCGAAGCUCAGCACAAGUUUGAGAAGGCUUCUCAGGAAGUGUCCCUGCAGUGCCUGGAGGAUGACUGCACGGUGGUGCCCUCUACAAUAUAUGAACUGAAGCAACAUCUCUGUGUAUAUCACAAUCUUGAUCUCAGCCCAAAGAAUUUUACCUUCAAGACAAUGGAUGAAUUUUUAUGCUGGAAGCAGGACCUGGAGUCUGCAAAUGGCACUCGGUAUCGCUUCUUCUCUUGCUUCUCUGAAGUGACGGGCGGCACAACCCGUGUUUAUGUGUGCAACAACGAGGGGCGCUACGACAUGACCCGAGCUAAGCACCAGCGCAGACGACGAGGUCGGGGCGGCAGGAUCGUUGGUCUGCGUCGUGUGGGGCGCGCGUGUCCCUCGCAGCUGCUCGUGCGCGCCUGGGGCUGGGGGGCUGUCGAGGUCACGGCCAUCCUCGCUCACUACGGCCACUGCAGAGAUGGCCUUACUCCUGGGCUUGCAAUUAGGUCUGGAGUCGUCGGUUGGCAAGAGAAAAACAAAAGGGAUUGA